CCUAUAUUAGAGAUUUCUAUGCUUCAUUCAGGAAUUUGAUCGAACACAUACCAAGCUCCUUUCGUCGGAAUCAUACCAACAGCUUCAGAAGCACAAUACACGUGGCAAAAACCCAGAAGCCCCCAGUACACGUGUCAACAACCCACCGCCACCAUAGCCACCCCUCUUUCCCACCCUUUGUUCCACAGCUUCGUCUUCAACAUCAAGCUCACAGACCAAACAAACAAAGAAACCCAACAUGCACCGUUUCAAACCCUUUCACCAAAUCCCCAAAUCCCUUCAUCGCACGACCUCAAAACACUUUUCUACGCAACAAACCCAUCUCGACAAUGUUGGUCCCAUGGCGUCUCUCCUCAAGACUCGAGCAGUAAUUCAAUUCCGAGGCCCAGACACCGUCAAAUUCCUUCAGGGUCUGUUGACCAACGACGUACGGAAGUUCGGUGAACCCGUCGGCGAGCAGACCUCGACUCUGGUGACGCCAAACGUGCCCUUCGUGUCGAUUCCACCGAUGUACGCCGCAAUGUUGACGCCUCAGGGUAGGUUUCUUUAUGAUAUGUUCUUAUACAGACCGCCUAGGCCUGAUGAGAAGCUUGACAAAUCCGGGUCUGGUCCCGGACCCAACCCGGGUGAAUUGGAGCUACUCGCUGAUGUGGAUAGUUCUGUAUUGGAUGAGCUCUUAGAAACACUAAAGAAAUACCGGCUGAGGUCCAAGGUCGAUAUUGAGAACGUUGCUGAAAAAUUCUCUUGCUGGCAACGGUUUGGUGGGAACCUUUCAGAAAGCUCCCCAUCUUCAGAAGAACCAGAAGCUGGUUCUGUUGGUUGGGGUGGCACUGUUGAUUGUGCUGGCGUAUCAGCUUCACGAGGAAAUAAUCUUGGAUGGCAAUGGUAUAGCGACCCGAGAUUGGAUUGCCUUGGAUUUAGGGGAAUUUUUCCAUCUAAUACAACUCCACCUUUGGUUGAGGAUGACAAGGAAACAGAUGAACAAAAUUACCUUCUCUGGCGAUAUAUGAAGGGGAUUGCAGAAGGCUCAGCUGAGAUCCCGAAAGGUGAAGCUAUUCCACUUGAAUAUAAUCUUGCGGGUUUAAAUGCUAUAAGCUUUGACAAAGGUUGCUAUGUGGGCCAAGAACUCAUCGCUCGUACGCAUCACAGGGGAGUCAUUCGUAAACGUCUGCUGCCUCUGAAGUUCCUCAAUGAUAGUGGAAAAGAUGUGAAGCAGAAAGUUACUCGGGGAUCAGAUGUAGUUGAUGCUGCGACUGGCAAGAAGGCUGGGGUCGUGACUGCAGCACUCGGAAGUCGAGGUCUGGGUGUUCUGAGGUUGGAGGCAGCCUUUAAAGGGUCAGGCACCUUGACCAUACAAGGACUGGAAGAUGUGAAGGUUGAAGCCAUUAGGCCAGAAUGGUGGCCUGCCGAGUGGUUUCUAGAGCAUCAACAGCACAGUGCUGCUGCUUAGAAAAUGUUUUAUGUAUAGGACAAAUGCUCUCUCUCAUGGACUUGGAGAGUCCUGCAAGACUUGGCCUUAUGCAUCCAAAAGGUUAAAAACUCUAGAGCUUACUUAUCUUACAUGGGAAAAAAAUAAAAUAAAGGAAGUUCUUUUGAAAGACCAUUCAUGAUAUUGUAGUUUUAUAUGUACGUUUUAAGCAGUGCAAUGCACUACAUGAUUUAUUUAUUUAUUUUUUUUAACCAAAGGUAAAAUUUCAGAUGGUUGCUGUGGUGUGAGUUGAACGAUAUGCUGAUAAGUUAUGUGCUUUAUCUAUGUAUA